GACGCCUCACCUCAAUCACUCUGAAAGGCCUUGAGACUUUGUGCUCUUUACUACGUGCGUCUAUAAAAAGAGCUUUCCUCCUCAACGAAAUCAACAGCAGACCCAUUUCCUACUGAGCAUUUCAUUACCAAGUGGAGAGAGCGCAGGAGAGGAGAGGGAUCGUAGCUGCGUGUGGCCAGAUCUGUGGACAAAAGCUGGGAGAAAAACGACGGGAGAAACAUUGGAAUGAGGCUGAAGAUGAUGUGUCACUUGCGUUUUUUCGUGGCUUUGAUGGCAUCCAUGUGCAUCCCUUGUUUUGGGUCGUGGUGCUUGGACAGCUCCAUUUGCAACAACUUGACCAGUGAGGACAGAAUACUGGACUGCGUUCACUACUGCAUGUCUGUGAUCCAGACUGAAAUCCCAGACCUUGGAGCAUCAACCCUGCAGGUUGAUGACGAUGACGACGACCUCUUACUCAACGCCGUUCUGGCUUCUGAAGACAAGCUCUCAGACCCGUCAGAGUCAGGUGUGAGAGCCCACGACGAGCAGCGCCGCUCUUAUUCCAUGGAGCAUUUCCGCUGGGGGAAGCCCUCCGGACGCAAACGUAGGCCCGUUAAAGUCUUUGCCUCUUCUCUGGAGGGAGGGGGCUCUUCGGAGAUCAGCUUUCCCUUCCGAGCUCGUAGGCACCUGAGCAGCGGUGGCAAGGAUGGAGCGCAGGUGGGUGUCAGAAAGAGAAAUCUUCAAAAUGAGGGUUCGCCCGUGUCUCGAGUCAGCCCGAGGGCCCAUGCUCCAGUCAACCAGCAGGAGAGAAAAGAAGGGACCUACCGGAUGAGUCACUUCAGAUGGGGCAGCCCACCUGCAUCCAAACGAAAUGGCAGCCUCAUCAAGCCGAGGGAGGAGAAACCUCAGGGGCAGCUGGCAAAGUUCUUCAGAAACAUUUUAGUGAAAGACAUGCACAAGAUAAUGGGAUGAGUGCGUCACCGAUCCGAUGCCAAUGACUUCAAAGAGCACCUGCAUGUUAGUUCAGACUCGUCUAAAUGUAAAUUAAAGGAUCAUGUUGCCAUCUUUAGCAUCUUGCUCAAUGUGUUUUUUUUCUAGUCAAAUGUUUCAAUAACCUUGAAGUGGAAAAAUAAAUAAAUAAAAAAGCUGUUUCUAUAUAUAAAAUAAAAAAACUGAAGCACACAAUGACUGCCUGAAAUUCCCUUUCCAUGAGUUCAUUUUUUAUUGUAGGAAAAAGAGCAUUUUGAUCUUGUGUCUGGAAUCUGCCUGAUUUUUGACAAAUUGUAAACACUUUUUGUAAACAAUAUAUAUUAAAUGUUGUGGCUGCUGCAAACAACCGA